AUGCCACGAGCCCACGAUAUCUGUUCCCGUAUCCAAAAUGCGUUCCGAGCACGCCUAGCUCACGUUGGCGUCCCGCAUACAACGCAAAACCUCGCCAUCCUCAACGUCCUCCUUCAAUCUGGGUUCAUCUCUUGCAUCACGCGUGGAACAAUGGCUGGACCAUCACCCACCGCCUGGCAAACCGCGACAGAAGCAAAAAGAAGAAUUUGGGCAGAGCUCAAGUACCGCGACGACCGGCCCGUAUUAACCAACAUGAAAGUCAUCUCCAAGCCCUCUAAUCGAAUUUACAUGGACGUUGAUGAGAUUAAACGCAUUUGUACCGGGCGACGGGCCGCCUGGGUCGUUGCUCCAUUACAAAUGGGCGAAAUCGCUGUCGUGAAAACGAGAAGUAAACUCAACCAGUACCUCGAAGCACGCGAAGCGGUCAGACUUGGUCUUGGUGGAGAGGUUCUUUGCCGAGCCCGAUGA